CCUUCAUAUAUAUAAAUAUAGACAUUUACGUAUCUUUAUUAUCUCUCUCUCAACACGCCUCCUUGUUUCCUUCUCGGUUUCAGACACAGCCAUUGUUGAAAGCUUUUCUUCAUUUCUAGCGGUAGAUCAAGCAACAUGGCAAACCGUCCACACGUUCCAAAGUUUGGGGACUGGAACAACCAAGAUCAACCAUUCACGGCCGUGUUCGAUAACGCGAGGAUUAACAAACGAGCAGACUUAUACGAAUCUUUAGAGAACUCAGAUAUCAAAACCCCUCCUCAGCCUGCUCCUAGAAUUCCACGACCUGAACCACCAAAACCGGCUAGGGAAGGCACACCAAGAGCACCUCCUCCAACAACCCAGAGAAACAAAGUCAGAGCUCCUCCUCCUGAUCAGCUCUACGGAGGGGGCAGAGACGGAAGCGGAUUAUACGGAGGUUAUGUAGGUGGAGGUGGAUCAGGAAACCGGCAGCCACAAGCUCCUCCUCGUCCCGCACAGGCACAGCCUAAACCCAAUCUUAGAGGCGGCAGCAACGGAAGGGGAGGGACGACGAUUCCACCAUUUCCAGGGUCAGUAGGUUCAGGGGAGAACAUGAGUUACACACACAUAUUCGACCAAGUCAAGGAAGAGAGACGAGAAGGUGCUAGAUCCUAUGGUAGCACUGCCGGCAACACUCCAUCUCGCCCCUUCAACGGUCAACGUGAAUCUCCCUCCCCAAACUCCUCCAAGGUCUGCUGCUUUUCAUGGUGCAGAAAGGGAAAGUAAAUACACUGAAGACAAUGUACACAUUCUUGGACAUGUCUCUUUUUGUCUUUUGUGUGUGUUAUUUUUCUUUCUUUUCUUUUUUGUAACAAAGGAGUGAUUUUUGUUGUGAACAACGUUUGGAAUAAUCACUUUGUCUUCGUGUAUUGAUUCUCAAAUGUGCAUACCGUAUGUUUAAUAUUGGUUGCUUUCUCUUCAGUAUGUCUGCACAAGAGUUGAAAUCACAUUAGUUAUACAAGAAUAUGUCUCUCUUUCUAUGAAGGUGUUCGCCCCAAUAUGGGCUUAUUUGGGCCAAUAGAAAGAGAAAAAGCCCAACAAGAAAAUGAUCAGAACUGUUUCUAGUAGGUGUCCAAGACAAUAUAAAAGGGAUUGAACUUGGUAGCUCUCUAGGGUUAUCGUUAUUUCAUUUGCAGCCAUCUGAGGUCGAAGUUACGAGAGAAUUGAUCGACGAUGAUUUACGAUGUAAACUCCGUUCUCUUCAAAUCCUUUCUCAGCUCUAAGUUCUCUGCGGACAAAAGGAGAGUCGAGGACAGGCCAAGAGAACAGAAGCCCAAAGCCAGCGACAACAAACCUGUCAUGAAUGAAUAAAACAAUCAUUUGUUAACGUCUUGUUCAUGUAAUAUUUUUGUUCUGAGGAUGUUUUUAAUUUUAAUGGUUAUUUAGUUUA